AUGUCGCAAACGAAACCAAAACCAACGAAUAAUCACAUCCCAGAAAACGUCGAAUUCAACAUCUUGGCAUGGCUACCUGUCAAAUCAGUCAUAAGAUUCAGAUGUGUUUGUAAACCCUGGGACUCAUUUAUCAUCAGCCCCUAUUUUAUCUCAACCCACCUUAAUAACAAUAACAGCAAAUAUCAUGGUUGUUUCAUUAUGGUGCCUGACUAUUUUGGUAAAAAGGAUAAGGUCUGCAAAGUUGUUUGCGACCGAACGUAUGAUAUAAUUUCUGAGUAUCCAGUUCCCUCUGGUUUUGAUCGUUUUUAUCUUGGAUCAUUGUCUGCUGGAAUAGUCGGUUCGUGCAAUGGCCUAUUGUGUAUUCCUCACUAUAAAGGAUAUUGCGUUGAUGUUAUAUAUUUGUAUAACCCCGUUAUUAGAAAAUUUAAGAGGUUGCCCGAUUCUUCCUUUAGCGAACGAUAUGAUUGGGUUGCUGCCGGAUUUGGUUAUCAGUCCAAGACUAAUGACUACAAGGUUAUAAGGAUCUAUUGUUUAGGUGGUUUUACAAAAUUUGGCGAGCCGAAAAUAAAGUGUCAGUAUGCGGAUGUUUACACAUUAAGCUCGAACUCAUGGAGAAGGGUUGAAAUCUCAUUGAGGCCCAAUGUCAGGUUACAUGGUAACGAGAGUAUUUCACAUGCCACUUUUGCUUGUGGGGCUCUGCAUUGGUUGGUAGAUUUUAUUGAAUAUGAAGACGAAUUGCAAUGUGAAACAAAGAUUUUGUCAUUUGAUGUCUACAAUGAGAAAUCCAGAGACAUAGCACUCCCUGAUGGGGGUAGAACAACUCAACAUAUUGCACUCCCUGAUGGGUGUAGUAGAACUCAACAUAUUGCGGUGUUCAGGGGGAAGUUGGCUUUCAUUACAGUAAACACUGUAAACUAUGACGACCACUAUAUUACGAUGUGGGUGAUGGAGGAGUAUGGUGAUGUACAUGAAUCAUGGAAUAAACUUUUUUCAUUGCUGAUAGAAACUGCUUUUUUCUAUGGUUGCACCAGGUAUGCUGGACUUCCUGAUGCUUUACAAGGGAAUUCUACUUACGUGGAAAGCCUUGUGUUACUUGAUGGAGGAACUGAGUUAUCUGGAUAG